AUGUCAAGGAGCAACACCCAAGCACUCGUCCAAGUACAGGUGAACACAUCUCAAGGUGCCAAGCCUUUGUGGUGCAAAGUGGAUAUCGGUGCAGAAGAUAAUGUCAUUUCUGUGGCAACAUAUAAUAAGCUGCAUCUAACAGUAUCAUGUAAUGCCAAAGGUGUACCCGUGAAUUUAACACCUUCUAACACAGUUAUCACUGCUUAUGGUGGUCAUUCUGUCAGCCAUUUUGGAACUUGUGUUCUGAACUUGUCGCAUGAACAUCACUCUAAGCCUUAUGUCUUUCAUGUAGUAGACACUGUUGGACCUACAAUUCUUGGGUUGCCAACAUGUACUGAUUUGAAUCUGAUUACCCUAAACUACAGUAUUACCACUCAGUCAAAGGAACUACAACCAUUGUGCCCCAAACCACCAUCCGCCAGAAAUUCAGCUGCAAAAGAGGACCUUAUUAAGCGUUAUGGCGACUGCUUCGAAGGAAUUGGGUGCUUCCAAGGAGAAUUCCACAUCACCUUGGAUCCUUCGAUAUCCCCUGUGGUACACCCUCCACGCAGAGUUCCAGAAGCCUGAAGGGAGCCUCUAAAGAAGGAAGUUGAUUCCUUGGUUGAACAAGGAAUUAUUGCUAAGUUGGAACAGCCUACAGAUUGGGUCAACUCAUUGGUUUGCGUCACAAAGAGUAAUGGCAGUCUACGGCUGUGUUUGGACCCAAAUGAUUUGAAUCGUGUAAUUAAGCGCCCUCACCAUUUUACUCCGACCCUGAACGAUGUUCUCUCUAAGUUGAAUGGUGCAACAUGUUUUUCUAUUAUCGACGCACGCAGUGGUUAUUGGAACAUUAAAUUGGACCAACAAAGUUCACUCUACACAACCUUUAACUUGCCCUAUGAAAGAUAUAGAUUUCUUCGCUUCCCAUUUGGGUUGGUAUGCGCACAAGAUAUCUUCCAACGAAAGGUCGACGAAACCUUCAGUGGUUUAGCUGGUGUGACCGGAAUCGCUGACGACAUCAUAGUGUAUGGUUACAAGAGCGACCAUAGUGACCAUGACGAGAACGUGCAUGCAGUCAUGCAGCGUGCCCAUGAAACUGGCCUGAAGUUCAACAUAGAGAAAUUCCAAAUUAGAUGCGAAUCUAUACCUUUCUUUAGUCAUGUUGUUGGUGUAGAUGGUCUUCGGCCUGACCAGAAGAAAGUUGAAGCUAUUCGUUCUAUGGAUUCGUCAAACAAUGUUGCUGACCUUCGAACAUUUCUUGGUAUGGUGCAAUUCUUGAGUCGCUUUGUACCAGAUUUGGCGACAUUGGCAGCAAACCUAUGGGCACUAACGAAGACCACUAGUGAAUUUGUUUGGAGUCCUGAACAUGAUAUCGCGGUGGAUAGGAUUAAGAAAGCAAUCACCUCUCCAAAGUCCCUGCAAUACUUCAAUAGCUCAGAGCCUGUUACAAUCCAAGUGGAUGCAUCGCAGCGCGGUAUUGGAGCCGUCCUCCUCCAGGACAAAGGUCCAGUAGAGUUUGCAAGAAAACUUCUAACAGAGACGGAGACUCGAUACUCCAAUAUUGAACGAGAAAUGUUUGCUGUUCUUUUUGGUCUAGAGAAGUUUCACUAUUAUGUAUAUGGCCGAACUGUUGUUAUUCAUACCGAUCACAAGCCCCUGGAGGCUAUAUUUAAGAAGCAUCUUGCCAACGCACCGCCUCGCAUUUCACGAAUGCUGCUUAGAAUCCAAAAGUAUGAUGUGCAAAUCAAGUAUGUACCUGGUAAGGACGUACCAGUAGCUGAUGCCCUAUCAAGAAUAAGUUCCUGUCGUGGUGAUACUCUUCCUGGUCUGGAUGUGACCGUCCACGAAGUCCUCCUAAGUCUCGAUGUUAGUCCUACGUAG